CCCUGCCAGGCCCCUGCGGGCCUUUUGAGCCGGGGCGGCGGAGGGGCCUGGGAGGAGAGUGAAGUUUCUGCAGCGCCGUGAAGGUGGAUGGGCCGCCGGGCACCAUGGAAGGGGUGCUGUACAAGUGGACCAACUACCUGAGCGGUUGGCAGCCUCGAUGGUUUCUUCUCUGUGGGGGCAUAUUGUCCUAUUAUGACUCUCCUGAAGAUGCCUGGAAAGGCUGCAAAGGAAGCAUCCAGAUGGCUGUGUGUGAAAUUCAAGUUCACCCUGCAGAUAACACUCGGAUGGAUCUGAUUAUCCCUGGAGAGCAGUACUUCUAUUUGAAAGCCAGAAACGUAGCUGAGAGGCAGAGAUGGCUCGUUGCCCUGGGAUCUGCCAAGGCCUGUCUAACUGACAGUAGGGCCCAGAAGGAGAAAGAAUUUACUGAAAACACAGAGACUUUGAAAACCAAGAUGUCUGAACUGAGGCUUUACUGUGACCUUCUUGUUCAGCAAGUGGAUAAGACAAGAGAAGCCACUGCAGCUGGUGUAUCGGGUUCUGAGGAGGGAAUUGAUGUGGGAGCUCUGCUGAGAUCCACAUGCAACACUUUCUUGAAGACGUUGGAAGAGUGCAUGCAGAUUGCCAACACGACCUUCACCUCUGAACUAUUGUACCCCACUCCUCCGGGAUCUCCCCGACUGGCAGUCCUCAAGCCUAGCAAGAUGAAACAUCCCAUUAUACCAAUUCACAACCCAGUAGAAAGGCAGAUGGAACUGAACAGCUGUGAAAACGGAUCUUUAAAUGUGGAAGUGACUGAUUCUGAGCCAACUCCAGUUACAAACGAAACCCCCUCAGACUUGAAACUGGCAGAGAACGAUGGUACCAUGUCAGCUGAAGAAAGCUCAGGUCAGGAAACAAAGCAAGCUGGAGAAAGGGGAAUAUCGCCUGCCUCCGGAAGAUGUGAUAAUGACUUGAUGCCACCUGGGGGGGAUUUCUUAAGUGAAUCUACUAAAUCACAGAGGGAAGAAGAAAAAGAAGAGGUUCGGACUUUCUUCAGUGCCAUGAACACUAGCUUUAGUGAUAUCGAACUUCUGGAAGACAGUGGUAUACCCACAGAAGCAUUCCUGGAGUCGUGUUAUGCAGUAGUUCCAGUUUUAGACAAACUUGGACCAACAGUUUUCGCACCUGUUAAAAUGGAUCUUGUUGGAAAUAUUAAGAAAGUAAAUCAGAAAUAUAUAACAAACAAGGAAGAGUUCACCACACUACAGAAGAUUGUGCUCCAUGAAGUAAAUGCAAAUGUGGCUCAAAUUAGAAACUCUGCCACAGAAGCCCUCUUGUGGCUAAAGAGAGGAUUGAAGUUUUUGAAAGGAUUUUUGACUGAAGUGAAGAAUGGAGAAAAGGAUAUCCAAACUGCCCUGAACAAUGCAUAUGGUAAGACUUUACGGCAACAUCACGGCUGGGUGGUGCGAGGGGUUUUUGCGCUAGCUUUAAGGGCGGCUCCCUCAUAUGAAGAUUUUGUGGCGGCAUUAACAGUACGAGAAGGUGAUGAUCAGAAAGAAGCUUUCAGUAUUGGGAUGGAGCGGGACUUGAAUGUUUACCUUCCAGCCAUGGAAAAGCAGCUGGAGAUACUGGACACCCUAUAUGAAGUCCAUGGUUUGGAGUCAGACGAAGUGGUAUGACCCUUGGCGAGUGAGGCCUCACAACUUCAGGGACAACGUUUGCUAAACCUUCUUUUCUGAACUGUAAUUUCCAUUCAGUCUGUUUCCCCUCCCAUCCAUCUUGGGAAGGAAAGGUGGUCAGGGGAAACCCAGUGCUUUUAUAUUUGAUUUUUAAAAAUGCUUAUGUAUCUAUUUCAAAACCAAGGUGCUAUAUUUCUGUUCAAAGGGCCUAUUUGAAACCAAACUAAUAUGAUUGAGUUUUGGAGGGUCUUGGCAGUGGUGGAUGCAAGUAACCAGUUGUAAAAGCAGAUUUGGCAAACCGCACAAAGAUGAGCACUGUACUUUGGAUCUCGAUGGUUUCUCUUUUGAAAGAUAUUCCGUGCAAGAAAGUAAAUCCGAAAGAGAUAAAGAAAAAGCUGUUUUAGAAUUGUUUAAUCCAUAAAACCUAGAGUUGGUUGAAAAUGAA